GCAAGGAAACAUUCAUAAUCUUAACAUUUAUUCAGUAUAAAUAGCUCAAAUUAGUGCGUCACAGUUCAAUGUGCGUUAGCUUAUGUAGCUGUUAGCAUUAGAAUUAGCUUUGAAAGUCAAACUUGGUAGCUAGCCGGGAGUGUAACAACAAUGUCGCUCAUGAGAACAGUCCUAGUUUAACAUGAUGAGGUGUAUGAGAUGAGGGAUCAAUCAGAUGGAGAUAAAGGAAGCUGUUUCUGUGCAAGCCAUGCUACUGUUCUCCUGAUAUACUACCUGCGAAUUUGAAUCAGAAACAUGGAGAUGGUUGUAGCUAAAAUCUUGUGCCUUUUGGGCAUGUUUGGCCUGAUGCUGGGGGGCAUUCUCAUCCCUGUGCGAGUGAUGCAGUCGGACCUGGACAAGGCCGUGCGCUACAGAAGGGUAGUUGCCUUCAGUAACUCUUUUGGAGGUGGUGUGUUUCUGGCCACCUGCUUCAAUGCCCUUCUGCCUGCUGUCAGAGACAAGAUGGAGCAAAUCCUAAAACUGCUGAAGAUCACCACCGACUACCCCCUAGCCGAGACCAUGAUGAUGCUCGGCUUUUUCCUCACCGUGUUCGUCGAGCAGGCUGUGUUGACCUUUAGGAAGGAGAAACCGUCCUUCAUUGACCUUGAGACGUUUAACGCCGGCGGCUCGGAGGCAGGCAGCGACUCGGAGUAUGACACGCCAUUCAUUGCUCCAGCGCGGAGCUCGCAUCAUCACUCACAUCAUCACUCUCAUCACCACGGCCAUUUUAACCCUGCAGAACUAACACGAGCAGGACCGCUGCGGCUUGCAAGCCUGGUCCUGGCCCUCUCUGCUCACUCCGUCUUCGAAGGCCUUGCUCUUGGGCUUCAGGAAGAUGGUGCUAAAUUAGGAAGCCUUUUUCUCGGAGUGGCUAUCCACGAGACCCUCGCAGCCAUGGCUUUAGGGGUCAGUGUGGCCAAAGCAGGACUGCAGCUUCAGGAUGCCAGCAAGCUAGCCAUCACGGUCAGCCUCAUGAUCCCUAUCGGCAUUGGCCUCGGAAUGGGUAUCGAGAGCGCCCAGAACCUGGCAGGAAGUAUUAUUUCUGUGGUGCUCCAAGGCCUGGCAGCAGGCACAUUUCUUUUUAUUACUUUCUUUGAAAUUCUCUCCCGAGAGUUGGAGGACAAACACGAUCGCUUGCUGAAGGUGCUUUUCCUCGUAUUAGGGUAUGGUGUACUGGCAGGUCUAGUCUUUAUCAAGUGGUGAUGGAUCUCAGCGUUCCUCAGAGCGAAUGAUCAGAGCGAAUUUCUAACGCUACUGACUACCAUAACCACAGGGCCAAUUGUUCCUGACUUUUUCCUAGCUUCCUAUACCUUAAUUUCUAUGCCUAUGAAGUCGUACACAGGAUAUACAGAACCAGUAGCAUAUUAGAGCAGAAAAGCCUUUUCAUUAUAGUGAAGUGAUUUAUUACUGUGAAUGUUGUUGGUCGGGUGCUACUGCAGAUCAUAAACUUUGUGAUAAAUAUUGGAGAUACAGUUCCUGUGUUAUCUGUUUUUAUACUGGAUUUAAAAUGUAGCUUUUGAGACACUUAUUUCUUCUGUAUCCCAAGUGUUGAGUACAAAAUAUGAUCUUACAGGAUACAGCAGGGCUCUUAAACGUUUUGCAGCCAGGGUCCUGUUUAGGUCAAAUCUAUCUUGACAGGGUCCGUGAAAUUUACGAACAGUUCAACUGUUCGAAUAUUAGGCUAUUUGUUUAAAUUCUGUGGAAUAUUUGACUUAGUAUUUAAACUUCUGGACAAAAUUUGGAGUGUUUAUUUGUACCAUAGAGCUUUUCUAACAAAUCACAAGUUGAUAUUGUGUAUAGAUCUGUUUGUUUAUACCCAUUUAACCGAGUCCAGUAGAGUAAAUACGUAUAUUAUAUAUAACUACAUGAUAAUAUGAGUAAUAUAUAUAUAUAUAUAUACACAAUAUGAACCAAAUAAUACAUUUAACAACAAGUCUACGCUUCACAGGCCCCACUUAUAGACUAUAGGAAGAUUGUACAGGUGACCCAGUGCUGCACAAUGCGCCAAAGCUUCACAUUAUUAUUUUUAUAUUUUAUAUGUUUGUAGGUUAUAUCUUUGUGGUUGUGGUCUUAUAUUUAUAAAUGAAUCCGUUUUGGUUUAACUCUUCCGCAGAUUAUUUGUUCUGUUAAUUCUUAGAAGUGAUUUCAUUUCUUUUGCCUUUUUAAUUUCACCUGAUGAAUGCAAUAUUUUCUAGAACCUUCACAAAAAAGGGUUCCAAAGGGAAAUGUAGGGUUGUAGGUUUUUUAUUGAACUAGUUAAAGGUUUUUCUUAGCAUUUUAGGCUAAAGAACCAUCUCCAAAAAAUAUUAUCUUAAAAAAGACUUGUAGAUGAGAACAGCUGUAACCAAACUGUUCAAGAUUUUUCAAGACUAAACCGUCAGGAACAAUUUAAAAUAAAAAGUUUAAAAAAUAUAAACAUUUUAAAGAUUUUCCUCUUUACCCCUUUGUCUAAAUUGUACUCAAUCACAUAGACGUUUCCUUCUCAUUCUUCCUAUCAAGCUGAAAUCAAACUAACGUUGUUGCAUAUAUUGUGACACCUUUAAUGAAAUAUAAUCUGAAGCUGUAACGUCAGUAGUUAAAUAUAUUACACUUGCCAAGCAGUUCUCGGUCACUUUGGUUUUUAAUGUUUAUGCAUCUUGAGUGUUGUUGCCUCUGAGAGUCACACUUCACAUGGUCACUUCACAACAUUAAGGAGAUCCUGCAUUUUACACUAUCUAGGGUCUCUAGUCUGACCUAGAGUUCUGUAUGUUGUUCAGUGAAAUCAGACAAUCAGUUGUCAAGUCAAGGUAGCUUUUAGUGUCCUUUCAACCAUACACUGAUCAAGCGUAAUAUUAUGACCACCUGCCUAAUAUUGUGUCCCCCUUUUGCUGCCAAAACAGCCUUGACCCAUGAUGCACUGUGUAUUCUGACACCUUUCUAUCACAACCAGCAUUAACUUCUUCAGCAGUUUGAGCAACAGUAGGUCGUCUGUUGGAUCGGUUCACACGGGCCAGCCUUCACUCCCCACGUGCAUCAAUGAGCCUUGGCCGCCCAUGACCCAGACACCACUGUUCCUUCCUUGGACCACUUUUGAUAGAUGUUGAUCACUGCAAGUAUAAAUUGGAACAUGGUGUGGCUGCCUUUUCGUAAAAAAUUGCUAGUAAUGUUAAUAAUUUGCACAUUAAAUAUUGCAAAUUUGUUAUUUUGCACUUUUGAAAUAUAUUUUUCAGUUAAAAACAUUUCUGUUAUAAUUUUAGUGUGAGAGUACCACAAAGUCUUUACCAAAGGUGCUAAUUAUUCUGGAGCUAACUGUAUAUUUAUACAUGUGUCUGACACCCGGCCAUCCGUGUGAUGUAAAAGAAAACGUGAUUCAUCAGACCAGGUCACGUUCCAUUUCUCUGUGGUCCAGUUCUGAUGCUCACGUGCACAUUGUUGGCACCCUGACUGGUCUGUGGCUAUGCAGCCCCAUACGCAACAAACUACGACACACUGUGUAUUCUGACACCUUUCUAUCAAAACCAGCAUUAACUUCUUCAGCAAUUUGAGCAACAGUAGCUUGUCUGUUGGAUCGGACCACACGGGCCAGCCUUCACUCCUCACGUGCAUCAAUGAGCCUUGGCCACCCAUGACCCUGUCCCUGGUUCACCACUGUUCCUUCCUUGGACCACUUUUGAUACAUGCUGACCACCGCAGACCGGGAACACCCCACAAGAGCUGCAGUUUUGGAGAUGCUCUGAUCCAGUCGUCUAGCCAGCACAAUUUGGCCCUUGUCAAACUCGUUCAAAUCCUUACGCUUGUCCAUUUUUCCUGCUUCUAACACAUCAACUUUGAGGACAAAAUGUUCACAGGCAGUCUAAUAUAUCCCACCCACGAACAGGUGCCAUGAUGAGGAGAUCAUCAGUGUUAUUCAAUUCACCUCUUAGUGCUCAUAAUGUUAUGGCUGAUCGGUGUAGAUAGUUGAUGCAGUACACAGUGAACUGAAACAACGUUUCUCCAGGACCCUGGUGCUACAUAAAACAACACAGAGGUACAUAACAACACUGAGCUAAGGACUAAAGUAAGUUGUCCUAGUCACAUAAAAUGCAUCGUGUGUAACCUAGUGCAAACAGACAAUACAAAACAAUACAGGACAUAUACAAAAAAUACACAAAAUAACGCCGUCCAGUAUACAUUCUGUAUAUUAUGUUAUACAGUACAGAAUAGGAGAACUGUAAACAAAGCAGGUUCUUGUAAACAUAUACACGUCUGUAACAGCAGCAGCAGAAACUGAGUAAAUGUGCAAAAACAGCAUGUAAACAAUUAUAAUAUGGGUGGUGCAAUAGAUGUGGUUGAAUAUUCAAUUAAAUAUUAUUCACAGCUCUGAUGCUGCUGCAUCCAGACGCUUUACUGUUACACUACAUUCUGGUCAGGAAUAGACCGCUACAGGUCAGCUGACGGUAAAGAAAACAGCGUGUCAGGUAUAAAAAUCCACUUUGAGAUUUGUUUAUUUCUUCAACCUUUUAUUUACCAAGAGUACAUUUUCCCUGAUGCAAAAAAAUUUGCCUAUAAAUCUACAUUUAUUUCCACAGCAAAAUAACCCAAUGCAGUUUACAGUGUUAUUGACAGUAUGAACUCAAAAAGCUGAGAGUUACAGGAAUUGUUGCUUCACGUAGCUAAAGCACAUGGAUGUAAUGCUGGUGGUUGGUUCGUCACUGGAAAUGAAAUACUUGUGUGUAAGUCUAUUGCUAAGAUCACCGCUUAAUUAUUUCUAAUCUAGUUUCUACACUUUACUGAAUAAUUUGAAUCCCUGUAUGUUUUUUUUUUGUUUUGUUUUGUUUUGUUUUUUUGCCAUUGCCGGACUGCUU